AGAUCUUUCUUAAAACCAAACUAGAGUAGUUGCAGAGAGCAUGGACAUGAACUAAAUUCUGACACAAAUAUGAAAUGGAAUAAGAUAACUGAAAAUUGAGUAAGCAGGAAAUCACCUACACAGAUAAGCACACAGUUUUUCAAAAAGGCCUUGAGAUAGAUGAGAUUGUGAUUAUGAACUACAGAACAAGUGCACUGACCCGUGUUGUAGGCACAGAUUUAUUUGUGCAUUCAUGGAGGUGUAGCCAUAGAGAACGAUCAGGUACCAUUAUUGCGGCUAUUCUGUUGAUGGAUAUGAUGCCAUUUGUGAAGUGUUGCACUGGCAAAGGGCAUUAGUGCCAUGACUAGGUGACUCUGUAUCUGUAACUGAGUCGUUGCGACUUUUCCACAUGGAGUUGAACUUGAUUUGCAACUGCGAGACACUACCACCGAACAUCUUCAAGAGCCGGGUGGUGCUUCGGAGAAUGGAUCUCGAUCGACUGGAAGAUGAUCAGUUGGAAGUUAAACCCCUGCAAGAUGAGACUGAGGUUGAAGAAAGAGUGAGGGAAGGCAAUCACCUGGAAGAUGAUCGACUGGUAGAUGGUCAAGAAGAAGAUGAUCGAUUGGAAGUUAAACCCCUGCAAGAUGAGACUGAGGAUGAAGAAAGAGUGAGGGAAGAUGAUCAAGUGGAAGAUGAUCACCUGGAAGAUAACCGCCUGGAAGAGGAUCGCCUGGAAGAUGAUUGCCUGGAAGAUGAUAAUCUGGAAGAUAAUCGAGUGGAAGAUGAUCAAGAAGAAGAUGAUCCACUGGAAGGUAAACCAAUGGAAGAUGAGACUGAUGAUGAAGAACUAAUUUUUAAAGCAUGUUGGGAUAAAUAUCGACUUGAAGUUGAUCGACCAGAAGAUGAGACUGAUGAUGAAGAUAGAGCUUCAAGAUCAUCUUUGGAGGAUGAUAGAAUGGAUGAUGGUCAUCUGGAAGAUAAUCGACUGGAAGAUUAUCAAGAAGAAGAUGACCAACUGGAAGUUAAACCAGUGGAAGAUGAGACUGAUGAUGAAGAAAGGUUUUCAAAAUCAUCUUUGGAUGAUGAUAGACUAGGAGAUGAUCAUCUGGAAUUUAAGUCACUGGAAGAUGAAACUGAAGAUGAAGAAACAGUUUGGGAGGAUGAUCAUCUGGAAGAGGAUCAAUCGGAAGUUAAGCUACAGGAAGAAGAAACCGAUGAUGAAGGAGUUUUGGAAGAUGAUCAACUUGAAGAUGAAACUGAUGAUGAAGAAGGAGAUUUGGAAGAUGAUCAAUCGGAAGGUAUGCCAGCGGAAGAUGACUCUGAUGAUGAAGAAGAAGUUUUGGAAGAUGACUCACUGGAAGACGAUCAACUGGAAGAUGGUCAAUCGGAAGGUAUGCCAGCGGAAGAUGACUCUGAUGAUGAAGGAGUUUUGGAGGACGAUCCGCUGGAAGACAAUCGACUGGAAGAUGAUCAAACAGAAGAUUAUUCACUGGAAGAAGAGACUGAUGGUGAAGAAAGGAUUUGGGGACACGAUCGACCUGAAGAUGUCCAACAGGAAGAUGAACAACUGCAAGUAAAGCCACUGGUAGAAGAGUCUGAUGAAGAAUGGGGGAGAACUUUGGCUUCUAUUGUUGGUUCAGAGAGUGAGUGGGGAAAAUCAGCCAUGCGGAACCUGCCAUUACCUGAGCUGAAGCCAUGUUUGCAUGGCGGGAAUCUUGACAAUACUCCCACACCGUAUCCAUUGAGUAGAUUUCAUGACAUUUUAUUUGACUUUGUGAACAGUAAGCUGAAGCAGAAGUUUGCUGUUUGA